AUGAAGUUCAAAAAGCCGAAGAAUGGGAAGCCCACUGCGAUCAUAUUAAUUAAUUGUGAGGUUGAAGAAAUCGAUACUACAAAUUUACGGAUUAGUUACUCGACAGAGAAUUCGCUUGAGAAGGAGCUCAACAAAUCAACAAAUACGGAUAUCCUUAUUAUAGCAAUAUCUUAUCUUGAGAUGUUUUUAUAUGCCUCGAUUGCACUUGGUAAACUGUCUGCCUUCCCCCGCUUACUAAUUGACUCCAAAUUCACUCCCGGAAUAUGCGUCUUUGCCGUUGGUGUAGACAAUAUAUUUAUACUUAAUCAUGAAUUCGAAAAACUAACAUUGAAAUCGAUGGGCGAUGAGCGCGUUGAGGAGAGAAUUGCCAAGACGCUGAUGUCUGAAAGUACUCCCGUGGACGUAUCGACAUGUGUAAUAUUGACAACCUUGAACGUAUUUUGGGAAAGUGCUUUGUGCAUGCUUUUAAUUGUAGGACCAUCUCCACUUUCAGCAUGA